AUGAUGGAUCAGAGACAGGUGAUCUUUAGAGAGAUCGACAACCUCAAACAGGCCCUUCCCGUCAGUAAAGCCAUUCUGGAACAGCAAGAUCGAACCUCCGUUCUUCGUGUCGCCUCCACUUACUUAGCCAUACGGAAUUACUUUGAUCGACAAGUUCUCUUCUCGAAAGACGCUAUAGAGACCACUUCACUGAUUCUCCAGGCGUUGGACGGCUUCUGUUUCAUUUUGGAUGAUCGAUAUCAUAUACUGUAUAUCACGGAAUCUGUGUCGACACAUCUCGGCUUUUCGCAGGUGCAAAUGGUCGGCUGCUGUAUGAGCGAAUUUGUACAUCCAGAAGAUUUCACCGUACUCAAUCACGUGAUGAGCAUCAACGUCGGAGUACCGCAAUGCUACACACAAAAGUGA